UGCCUUCAUAUUUUAAUAUUUACAUGAUACUACACGCUCUAUUUUUGCUAGUCCUCUCGGCCACUGCGCUGGCAAAGCAUGUUGUGGUUGACUGGGAUGUCACCUAUGUUUACAUGAUGCGCGAUGGAAUCAACUACAGGCAGUCGAUUGGCAUCAAUGGCCAGUCCCCGAUCCCGCCUGUAUAUGCAACUCGCGGGGACACUCUCAUCCUUAACGUGCACAAUUUGCUGAACGUAACCACAACGAUCCAUGCACACGGCCUGUUCAUGCGCGGCAUGUCUUACAUGGACGGGCCGGCAAUGACUAAUCAGUGCGGAAUCCCGCCUGGUGAGUUGUUCACGUAUGAGUAUCACCUCGAGCAGGCGGGCACGUUCUGGAUCCACGGCCACGACCACGAUCAUAGCGCCGACGGACUGCGUACUGCACUUGUUAUUUAUGACAAGGAGCCGCCGUACAAGUACGAUGCAGAGCAUCUGUUUACUUUCGAGGACUGGUUUGUAGGACAAUUUACCGAGCGCGCUGAGCUGGUUUCUAGUCCGACAAUGCCAUAUCCACCACCGCAUACUGUCGGGUUUGGCCUGAUUAACGGCUACAACGGCAACACCACGAAACCAAUCAAGUUUGAGCCGAAGAAGACCUACCGCAUCCGCCUUAUAAAUAUGUCUAGCACCUACUGGUACUACUUCCAGAUUCCCGGACACAAGCUGCGCGUUAUUGAAGUCGAUGGAAUUCUGAGCGACGAACAUAUAGUUGAUGGCGUGCAGCUGGCACCUGCCAUGCGCUACUCGGUUCUGGUCACUGCACAUAAGUCUGACGAGCUCAACUACUACUACAAGGUCAAGAUGUACGCAGACUUUAUUCCAACGUCACUAGGUGAGAACCCGCGGUUUUACUCAGGUCUAGUUGAGUACAAGCAGGAUUCACCGGUCAAGGAGCUCCCUGACGUCGAUGAUAACAAGCUGACGUGGGUCGAGGAUAUCAAAAUGACAGCACUCGAUAAGCAACCGCCACUGCCAGUCGACCGCUCGCUGUAUCUGUGGCUUGGUAACAACCUCUUAUCCACAGGUCAGCGCCUGGACCACAUCAACAAUAUCACAUACUACGCACCGCUGGUUCCCUCCCUGUUCACCGCAAUGACCACUGGCGACUUGGCAAAGAACCCUGAGGUCUACAAUAACCGGACACAUCCAGUGGUGCUGAAGCACAACGAGGUUGUCGAACUUGAAGUGCAUAACCCAAACAGAUUUCAUCAUCCUAUGCAUUUACAUGGCCACGCAUUCCAGGUCACCGAGUAUGGCCCGUCGCUAGAUGGCUUCACAUCUGGUAACACAUUCUCUCCGCUUGUACAGUCGCUUGUUGCUCCGAUCCAACGUGACGUUAUAGAAAUUCCGUCAUUCUCGUACGUAAAAAUCAGGUUCCGCGCCGACAACCCGGGUGUCUGGUUGUACCACUGCCAUGUCAAUGUCCACGGCAGCCCUGAGAGUCUGCGGAUGCUCAUGACGUUCGUUGAAGCCCCUGAUGUUCUGCAGAAGACGCAGACGCUUCCCAAGAAACUUAUUAGGCACUGUGGGAUGAGCGGAAUCAAGGCAUCUGGAAAUGCUGCUGGCAAUACUGGGCUUGAUAUGACAGGGCUGCCCUCUGUUCCAUACAUUGUUUCCAAAUCCAUUAGAAAACAAGAGUAGCUUCACUGAAAUAAACCCA